ACUGGGCGACGAGCAGAGGAAAGUGCUGGGCGGGCCGCAACGAGAAAAGGCUGGAGCAGGGCUUCGGCCAAGGGAAAAGGAACUCCUCGCGCUCGCCGCCGGAGGGGGGUCGUCGGAAGGCGCGGAUCAGUUUAAACAGGGAUUGCCUAAUUGUAAGCAGUCAUGCAAAGCACAUCAAAUUAUCUCUGGCUUCUAUCAGACAUCCUCGGACAAGGAGCUACUGCAAAUGUUUUCCGUGGAAGACACAAGAAAACUGGAGACCUCUAUGCUGUCAAAGUGUUUAAUAACUUCAGUUUCCUUCGCCCUGUGGAUGUUCAGAUGAGAGAAUUUGAAGUGUUAAAGAAGCUGAAUCACAAGAACAUUGUCAAAUUAUUUGCCAUAGAAGAAGAGACAGCUUCUAGACACAAAGUCCUUGUUAUGGAAUUUUGUCCAUGUGGCAGUUUAUAUACUGUUUUAGAAGAGCCAUCUAAUGCCUACGGAUUGCCAGAAGCAGAAUUUUUAAUUGUGUUGAGAGAUGUUGUUGCUGGGAUGAACCAUCUUCGAGAGAAUGGAAUAGUCCAUCGCGACAUCAAACCAGGCAAUAUAAUGCGUGUUAUAGGUGAAGAUGGCCAAUCAGUUUAUAAAUUGACAGAUUUUGGGGCUGCUAGAGAACUGGAUGAUGAUGAACAGUUUGUCUCCCUUUAUGGUACAGAAGAAUACUUGCAUCCUGAUAUGUAUGAACGAGCGGUACUGAGGAAAGAGCAUCAAAAGAAAUAUGGUGCAACAGUUGAUUUGUGGAGCAUUGGGGUGACAUUUUACCAUGCUGCAACUGGAAGUUUACCCUUUCGACCUUUUGAAGGGCCUCGCAGAAACAAGGAAGUAAUGUAUAAAAUUAUAACGGGAAAGCCUUCUGGUGCAAUAUCUGGAGUACAAAAAGCAGAAAAUGGCCCCAUUGAAUGGAGUCGUGAUAUGCCUGUUUCUUGCAGUCUUUCUAAGGGCCUGCAGGUACUACUCACACCUGUCCUUGCAAAUAUUCUUGAAGCAGAUCAAGAGAAAUGCUGGGGAUUUGAUCAGUUUUUUGCAGAGACAAGUGAUAUUCUCCACCGAAUAAUUAUUCAUGUCUUUUCUUUGCAACAAAUGACGGCACACAAAAUUUAUAUUCACAACCAUAAUACUGCUGCCGUAUUUCAUGAAUUGGUCUACAAACAGACAAAAAUACCGUCACACAAUCAAGAACUGAUAUACGAAGGCCGGCGUUUAGUACUAGAGCCUAGCAGAUUGGCGCAAGCUUUCCCCAGAACCACUGAAGACAGUCCUGUAAUUGUAGUAAGCAGGGAGGCUGUAAACAUCGUGGGAUUGCUCUAUGAAGAAAUUUUGCUUCCUAAGGUCCAUCAGCGUUUUGAUUUGGAUUCUGAUGCAAGUAUGGCUAAAGCAGUGACAGGGGUUGUAUGUUAUGCCUGUAGAGUUGCUCGUGCUUUACUGCUUUACCAAGAGCAGAUGCGAAAGGGAAUCAGAUGGCUAAUCGAAAUCAUCAAGGAAGAUUACAGUGAAACAUUUCACAAAAAGACAGAGGUUGUUAUCAAAUUAGAAUUUUGUAACAGAAAUAUAGAGAAAGCUGGGAAAAUAUAUCAAAAUUUGCUGCAAAUCAACCUGGCACCAUCAGAAGUGGAUGAAAUCUCAGAUAUACACUCAAAGCUGUUACGGCUUUCUAGUUCACGGGGAACAAUAGAGACCAGUCUUCAGGAUAUCAAAAACAAACUCUCUCCUAGUGGCCUGCUAUCUGAUGGCUGGACCAUUCAGGAAGGCACCUAUCCAAAAGACAGAAACCCAGAAAGGUUACAAGUAUUACUGAAUUCUAUAACAGAAAUUUAUUAUCAGUUCAAAAAAGACAAAGCAGAACGAAGACUUCCAUAUAAUGAAGAACAGAUUCACAAAUUUGACAAGCAGAAGCUUUUUAUACAUGCCACAAAAGCCAUGACUCUGUUCAAGGAAGAAUGUGUCAACAAGUAUGAAACUUUCUUAGACAAGGCAGAGGAUUGGAUGAGGAAGAUGCUCCAUUUAAGAAAACAGCUGUUGGCUCUCAGAAAACUCUGCUUUGAUAUUGAAGAAGAGGUGUCCAAAUACCAGGACUAUGUAAAUGAGUUACAAGAAACAUUGCCCCAUAAGAUGAUUGCAGCUUCCAGUGGGAUUAAACAUACAAUCAAUCCAGUUUAUCCAAGUUCAAACACUUUGGUGGAAAUGACUCUUGGUAUGAAGAAACUAAAAGAAGAAAUGGAGGGUGUUGUUAAAGAAUUAGAUGAGAAUAAUCACCUUUUAGAAAGGUUUGGUGCGUUGACUAUGGAUGCUGGCCCACGGAAUGUAGAUUGCAUCUAGUUGUAUAUUUACCAUGAUGCAGUUUGUUGACUUUGCACAGAUAGAGCGUUUAUUUGCAGAAAGAAUAUUCUGCACUUGGCGUUCCCACCUAGUAUUUAACAAGAGCAUGUAAAUAUGUAUAUAUUGUAAAUAUAGAAAGUCUUUCUCUUUUGGUAAUGUUAAAAGUGGUCUUAACAUUUUAAGUAACUAUCAGAAUUUUUCCUGUAAAAACUAUUAUGGCUGCAAAUUGUGGUAAGCACACUGAUACAAUGCAUUUACUUCAAAUGCUGUCCUUGUCUAUUCUCUUGUGAACAUUGCUGGAGAACUUGUGGUCUUGAAGUGCCCUGCUGUUUAAAGGGCAAUUAGGCUUCCUGUUAAGCCAUCUGAAUGCUGAAAUAUCUCAGUUAUUAUAACCUGGAAUAGUCCCUGCUUUGUUUCAUUCAUAUGUGAAUAGAUAUCUGUUGCCAAAUGUCAAAAAGAGAUAUUUGUUCCUUAUAACAUCUUGAAAGGUAUCUCUUAAACUCUGAGUAUGAAGGAAAUACUGUUGGAUUUUUAAUCAUGUCCAUUUUAGUUAUGUUUAUAUUUUACCAAAAGUAAAAUUAGCCUGUUUGGGACUUAGAAGUUAGUAGAAAUUCUGCCUUCUAUUUGCUAAAUCAUAGAUUAAAUGUAAAGCUGAAAUAUUUUCUUUAAUAGUACACAGUGUGUCUCAAAUUCAGUGAAUCUUGUUGAUCUUUUUGUGAAAAAAUUUUUUUUAAUAUAAUUUUAAAAGUAGUGUUAACUUUCAUUGAGACAUGGAUAUCCAUCUUUAACAAGAUUGGCAUAUAUCAUAUACUGAUUUUCAUCCUCCAUAAAUUCUAAUAAAGUGCUAGAAAAAAAUGUUUCCUUUUUUAAUUAAAGCAAUUUAAAAAUAUUAGCUAUGGGCAGGAUCUAAUGCUGCUCAUCUGCUGGUGGAGCUAGCGGCUAAUUCUGGUCCACAAGCAGCCCCUACCGCUUGCAGAAUGGCAGUUCAGCAGUUCCAGAGGCAAGCCCCAAAGCAAGAGGAAACACACAUUUCUGGAAGGGGGCUGGUUGUUUCUACUUGUUUUGGGAGGCUUCCCCUGGAAGCGCUGAAUGGUCUUUCUGCAAGCGGAUGUGGUGGGGCUGGCUGCGCAUGGACCAGAAUCAGUGGCCAGCUCCAGUAACAGAUGGGCAGUGAUGGAUGCUGCCCCAUGUUAAGUAAAAUGUAAAUACAGAAGUUUGCACAAAUGUGUUUAUGUAAUUCCUGGACACACAGGGUUCCCUGCAGACUUAAGAGACUGUUGAAAUCAAUAAAACAUAAAUUAGUCAUGACUAAUUUAAGUCUUAUUAAAUGUAAUGGAUCUCCUCUAAAUAUGAUCAAGUCUGUAUGUAACCCAUAGUAAUUUUAUUCUUUCUUUCCAGUGCUUUGAUCCAUGCAUACAGAAGGAACUAAUCUAGUUCUAUUGACUUCAGUGGGUCUUAUUUUCCUGUAUGUAAAGGAAGUAAGAUUGCACUUCUCAUAUGGAUUAUUCUGGAUCAAUAUUGGGAGAGACCAAUUGAUUUGAUAUUAUUCUAGAAGUAAGGAAACAAAUGCCUUUAUGCACAUGCUCCAAUUCUUUUCAAAGGAGAUUGUAGGUCAAAUUUCCAUUGGACUACCCUUCUGUCUCCCCCAUUUUGGCAUAUAUGAGACUAUUAUAGCCCAUUGUUCAUCAUUUGUAUAGGCAAUAAUGGCAUUUCUUGUUCUAGUUCUUCCAAUUUGAGUGGAAUGAGAACAACAGAGAUGCAGUAAGGGUUCCCUGUCUUGUUGCUGUUGUUUCCAAAAACCAAACCAUAAUGAAGAGCACAGACAAAUAACAGGCAAUCUAUAAUGGGCAAGGUUGCAUUUCUGCACAGUACUGCUUAAAUCCCAUUUAUUAGUAACUUGAACUUAGAAGGGGUUGGGGAAAGAUCAGCUCUUGGCUUGGAAGGAUCACUCAAAUCAUAGGUAGUAAAUUUGUGUGAAAUCUUGCUGCCUUAAUGUAUAUAAAUUCCUAUUUAGAAAUGUUGAGAUUAUAUUAUAUUUCUGCAAUGUACUUAUUUUAUAUAAUCAUUUUGUACUCCUUAUUUUACAGAAUCAUCAUUUUGCAUAAUUGCUUCUGUUAAAUAACAUGAUUGUUGAGAGGGAGAGGGAAAUGGGAUGAUGGAUUUUAUUUUCUUUACGCUGAACUAGUCUCAUUGAAUAGUAUAAAUUAUACUUUAAGACAGUUGGAAUACAAUCAUGCAUAACAGCUUGCUGCAUUUACAGUAUGUAAGUUUUGCUUUGUAUUUUAAUUGAUUUGUAAGGGAAACCCUACUGUUCUUAGUUAAUUCCAUCAACAGUAGCUAUGGAGCUUGUUAAAGUCAUUUUGGUGUACUACAAAUUAGGCAGCAGAAUAAAAAAAAAUCUCUUUACAUUUCUAAUUCUCAUUGAAAAA